GAAUCCCCACCCUCCACUCCGGAUACCAUGGCUUCUCGCACUGCCCUUCUUACCAUCUCAUCCCACCCCAGAGCUUCAUGCAUUUCCCUUGCCACCACUGCCCAUCGCUCCUUCUCCCCAACCUGCCGCCCCGCUUCUCGCUACAACCCUUCCGACUUCACUACCCAGGGCUACUCUACCCAAGGUACAGCCUCAAGUCCCUCUGAGCCCAAAAUCACUCCCCGGAGUCUGAAGGAGCACCUGGAUCGCUAUGUCGUUGGCCAGGAAUACGCAAAGACCGUCAUUGCCACGGCCGUCUACAGCCAGCACCUGAGGAGAAAACUGCAGACUUCCCACGCCGAGGACCACGCUUGUAAUGACGAAUGGCCAGGCCAUGCACAAGCCAUACCAAAUGACCAGAUUGAGAAGUCAAACGUACUUAUGCUAGGUCCCACGGGCACCGGCAAGACCCUGAUGACCAAGACGGUAGCCCGCAGCUUGAAUGUGCCCUACAGCGUGUCUGACUGCACCCCCUUCACCCAAUCGGGCUAUAUUGGAGAGGAUGCCGAGACCUGUGUCGCCCGGCUGCUUGCCGCUGCCAACUACGACGUCGACGCAGCAGAGUGGGGCAUCAUUGUCCUGGACGAAAUCGACAAAAUCGCCGGCGUCAAAGUUGCCCAUGGUAAGGAUAUUGGUGGCGAGGGCGUCCAACAGUCUCUGCUCAAAAUCAUCGAAGGCACCACGCUCCAGAUCCAGGCGAAGCCGGAGCGUAAUAGCAGAUCCCCCAACCCUCCCGGAGGUCCAAAUGGCCUCUCUUCUAGUGGGCCUAAUCCCAUGGCCCCCAGUGGGAAAGGCGAGGUUUUCAAUGUCAGGACGGACAACAUCCUCUUUAUAUGUACAGGCGCAUUUGUCGGCCUGGACAAGAUCAUCUUGAAUCGCAAAGCAAAAGGAGGCAUGGGCUUCGGUGCACAGGUCAGAUCAUCAGCUGCCGACACGGACAAACAUGCCACCAGGUUGAGCGACGCAGAUGUGGCCAGUUUCAGCAAAGAUAUGCCCAUUUACAUUCCGGUUGACACAGAUUCGCCUUCGCAGCAUCACACCAACGGUUAUCGAGAGGAACACUACAACAUAUUGAAUUAUAGUGAACCAUCCGAUCUUCAGAAAUAUGGCAUGAUACCCGAACUCGUCGGUCGAAUACCGAAAACCUGCGCCGUCUCUACCCUGGACGAAGAAGCGCUCGUGCGUAUACUUACUGAGCCAGAGAACAGUCUCAUUGAGCAGGAAAAAAGACUAUUUCUUGCUGAUAAGAUCGAAUUGCACUUCACAAGCCCCUCCCUGAGAGAGAUCGCAGCGAAAGCAUUGCGGAUGGGCACCGGGGCUCGUGGAUUGAGGGCUGUGGUGGAACGAUUGCUUCUGGGUUGCAAAUUCAAUGCACCGGGUUCCUCUGUCAGACACAUUCUCAUCACCAGAGAAGCCGCUCAGCUCAAAUGCGCACCCUUAUGUUUUAACAGAGGGCAAUAUCAGACUUUCCAAACAACGAUCAAACAGGAAGAAGAUGAAUGGGAAGAGGAGUUACAAGCAAAGAAUUCCGCCGUGAAUGUUCCACAGCGAGCAGAAGUGAGCGUUGCGACUGGGUAA